UUGUCGCUUCUGAUAAGAAGGAUGAAAGGAACUUUUUCACCAUUUAGCAUUCAAAGAGCUCUGUACUCUGGAGAAAAGCUUGUAAAAUAUAUCUUUUUCUGCUGUGAGUUGCGACGCUGGAUGAGAAAUCACACCUUGCCAGUGUUUAACUGAAAUCUUGAAAGAAUACAACAAAUAGGCUGAUAAAGAUAAACGCUGGCUUGAACGAUUCUCGCUUCCAUCAAGAUCAUAGAGCAGCUGCUACAUGUGUAUCAUAUCCUAGCCCAGAAACUUCAGUUGUGCAGAAGAAAGAAGGGCUCUAUCAUAGGAAGAGUCUUACCUACUUACUGUUUUAUACAUCUGUUAAGUGUCAACUUUUUGGAGUGCACUCAAAAGGUUUAAUGGCAAACUACAGUUUUAGUGAUGAUAAUCAUGCAUAUCAAAAUUACUCCUAUGAUUACGAGAUUCCAUUAUUCUAUGAAGAUGAUGGUUCUGUACAUUCACAUUUAUCUCCACUGAGAGUCGUUUCCCUGCUGGCUUACAUCAUUGUGUUUUUGAUCGGCAUACCUGGCAACGUACUUGUUAUAUGGAUGACAGCAUUUGAAAUAAAAAGGACAGUGAACACAACUUGGUUUCUCAAUCUUGCCAUCGCUGACAUCUUUUGCUGUCUGAGCUUACCAUUUUUAAUCACCCAACUCAUAAUGGACUAUCACUGGCCCUUUGGCAAUGUAUUAUGCAAGGUCUUCUACAGUGCUAAAAUAUUCAACAUGUUUGCCAGUGUCUACCUCCUUAUGGUUGUGAGUAUAGAUAGGUGUAUCCUUGUGAAAAAGCCAGUUUGGGGUCAAAACAAGAGAACAGUUUUUUUGGCAUCUCUUGUCUGCUGUGUUGUCUGGAUAUUAGCCUUAAUAAUGGCAAUACCUUCUGUAGUGUUCCGCCACACUACCAAUGUCACCACCUCAUCAAAGGUCAUUUGCGAAUCUGCAAAAGAUUUCAGUUACAUUCAUGGCAACCAUAUUGCUCAGUUUAUUUUAGGCUUCUGCAUACCUCUGAUUGUCAUUAUGGUUUGUUACAGCAUUGUGAUGAUAAAAGUAAGGGGCAGUCAGUUUUCAACAUCCCGCAGAACAUAUAUCCUUAUUCUUUCUGUGAUUGUUGCGUUCUUUGUUUGCUGGCUGCCAUAUCAUUUGAUCAGUUUGUCGGUGAUAAUAGAUCAGAGGCUGUUUUCUUCUAAAAUAUUGCAUGUUUUAGAUAACCUUGCACAGAGCAUGGCAUAUUUUAACAGCUGCAUUAAUCCUAUUAUUUAUGUUAUAAUAGGUCAAAAUUUCAAAGACAAGUUCAAGAAGUCAUUUAGAUCUGCCUUUAAAAAUAUGCUUGCUGACGAUUCAAGUCAUUUGACUAUUUCUACUAAAACCAGAUCAAAGUCACUAAUGGAGGAAAAAUGUUUACAUACUAAUAUAUGAGUAAAAUAUGGGAGGUAGAUCAAAAAAUGCUUUUUGUUAAAAUUUUUGAUAUUCUUAUAAGGCUAAAGUAAAAUGUACAUUUAGUUUUCCACAUAAAUAAACAUCUCCAAGGAAAUCAUACUGAAUGUGAAUCAGUUUAUAACUGUAGUUAACAACCUUUGAUGUGAAAUAUGCCUGCCCAUGAGUGAUUCAUUUUUAGUAUACAGUAUGAUUAACAUAUUAGCUUAAUUAUCUGGAAUGUUCUUUGCAUUAUAUAUUGCACCAGGCUUAUCUUUGCUGAAUUUUCAAGCAGGACAAUAUAAAAUAUCUUACUGUUUAUAAAUAUAUCAAAGGAAGAGGCUGGCUCCUAAUUGGAGGUAAACGCAUUUAUGCAUUGCAAUGUAUUAUAGAGAGAUUUAUGAGCUUGGUAGCUGCUAAAUUCAAUGGCUAAAAUUAAAUGUAUGUAUUUAUAUUUCAGAAAAUGAUGUAAUUGUUACUAAAAUGUAAGGGGAAACAAGAUAAUUGUUGUCCAGAGGAAAAAUUGUUGCUUUAACGUGUAUAGUUAACAUCUGUAGGGUUAAUAUAAGAAAUAUUACAUCUGUCAACAUAAGUUAUUACCUUAUUAUAAAUGAAAUCAAUUUAUUUCAUCCUUGUAUAUCUUUUUUGUUAAUGUUGUUUGAAAUGAAUAGAUGCGGUAUAAUAAACAAAACAAAAGAACAAUGA